ACUCAAGUCACUUUUUUGAUAGAGCACUUGUACUUUUACUCAAGUAUGGUUCUCUAGUACUUUAUACAUCUCUGAUCCUAGUUACACAUGCAGAAAUGGACACGCAUCGCUCAAUAAGAAAAAGUGAAUCUGGCAUCAGUCCCGACAUUUCAGGCCAGCCAUACAGCAUCUCGGUGUUGAAAGAGGGCUACUGUACAGCAGAACCAGACGGAGCGUUUAGAGCUGACGGUACUAUUUCUUUAGUUACUGGACCUCAAACUAUCCUGGUGGACACCGGGGGCCCGUGGGACCGAGACUUCCUAGUCACAAAACUUAAGGAGAAGGGUCUGACACCAGAUAAUGUUAAUACAGUAGUCGGAACCCACGGUCACUCGGACCACGUGGGAAACCUGGGCUUGUUUCCAAACGCCAAAAUAAUUGUGGGAUGUGACAUAAGCGUGGGGGAUCGAUAUCUGCCAAACCAGCUGGCUGAGGGACAGCCAUACCCCAUUGACGACUUUGUAUCCGUCAUUCCCACGCCUGGCCACAUGGGUAGAGAUGUCAGUGUCCUGGUGAAGGGAACAGCAGAGGGGACGGUCCUUGUUGCUGGAGACUUGUUUGAACGCUGCCAUGAUGAAGAUUCAUGGAAAGAGCUGAGCGAGAAUCCUCAGAUACAGGAGACCCACCGACAGAUGGCGCUGCAGAUGGCUGAUGUGAUCAUUCCUGGACAUGGGCCAUUAUUCAGAGUGCACAGGCAGUGAUGACAUUGACGUAAUCCUGGAUUUAUAGAGCAAUUAUGAACCCUUGAUCACAAGCAACACGAUAAUUAACAUCACCAGUGUGACGCAGGGGGUUUAAAACUGGACCUUGGUACCCACUCAGACCACUGUACACCUACUGUAGGUGUGAAAUUAGAUCAUGUGUCAAUGUUUACCAUGGCUUUAUACUUCAGACUUAGUUGUUCAGUUUACCCGUAUUGAUUGCUCGAGACAGUGACACAAAGAUUCAAGUUAUUUUUAGGCUUUAUCUUGUUUCAGAUCAUGUGACAAAAUGGUGUGAAAGAUAUUAUUGAUGUCAGAUGUUGUUACUCAGUAGUAAAUAAGGUUAUGGAUGGGACUUCUACAAAAAUGAUAUAUGGAGGGAAAUUUUAUGUGUGCCGUCUUAAUUCUUUAUUUAGAGUUCAUACAACAUUAAGCCUUUGUAAAAAAAAAAAAAAAAAAUUGCUUCAUACUAAAGCUGUUUGCUGUAGCCUGUCAGAAUAUAUCAUUUGUGAUUAUUUUGUGUCUAUAUAUAUAUGAAUUACAGCAUUUUACUAUGAUUGCAUAUGUUUUUGUUCUCAUCCUCAGUCAAAUCCUUCUUUAGGCCCUGCAGCAUCUGCUCAUGAAAUUAUUUCUUAUUCAGAUAGUAUUGAAGCACAGUACAUUCACUGUACUCGAGUGCUUUCUUAAAUAAUGGAUGUAAACUGUUUUUAAAAUGUAUAGAAAUGGUGACUUGUGAGAUAUUGUACAGCAUUUUACCUUUUGUACAACAUCAUGCUUUUUAUUAAGUUCAGGUAAAGUUCAUUAUUGUCACAGUUACAGUGGUUAACCAAUGAAUAUGCAUUCAGUGAAGUCCCCACACUGUUUCAUUAUUACCAGUUUAUGUUGAUUGAGAACUGAGUGUUGUGGUAAACCAAUAUUAACUUUAUUAAAGCUGUUUUCAUUCUACCUUUUCAGACUCUUCUUAAUAAAUA